AAUUGUAAGUGUUUUUUGCAAGAGAAAUUAUUUUGUGCAGAGUCCUGACGUAAAAAAAUAGUUCGGAAUGUAUAUUUAUUUAUAUGGAUGAUUCUUCUCGUCAGGACUAAAGUACAUAAUAAUUUAUUUAUUUUGCAAACGGUAGAGUCUCGUAUGAUUGAACACGAAAAAUGAUUUUUUUUAUAACGAGGAACCGUCCGCUGCCACACCCGACUUCGUUGAGCGCGCUUGACGGUCCGUAAACCCCGGCCGACCUAAUGGGCCACCCAAGCCACAAACCCAUAGCCGAUGCUUUGGAGCCCCCAGUUAAGGGCCGAUUGCCGCUCGAGGGAAUAGAACUUGGGAUAGGGGUCCCAACCGAGCACGCCCACCAACCGAGCUAAACAUGGGUGGGUAAAAAUGAUUUCUUUGAACAGAGAUAAAUUCAGCUAAUAAGUAGUUCCAUCCUAUCAGACAAAUUAUGUGCAAAGCAAGCAGGAUAUGGAAGCCAAUCUUCUGCAACAUCCGAUCUCCUCAAGUAUCUUCCUUCUCCACGCCUUCCUCUGCUUCCUUCUCCUCAGCCGCCCCUGCAACAGCUCUAGCAAUCGGCAAACGCUCCAAAUCGGCAUCGGCAUUGGUAUCGGCGGCGGAAACGCUCCUCCUUCCCCUGAGUCAGAGCCCAUCUGUCCGCCCCCUCCCCCUCCUCCGUGUCCACCCCCACCAUCGCCGAAACCUCGGCCGCCACCACUUCCACCAAAACCACCUUCUCCGCCACCGGGUGAGCUAACUCCCGGCGACUUCCCCAACCUUCUCCAAUACCGAUCCUACAAAGUAAUCCAACGAUUCAAACGAACAAUCUACAGCGACCCAAUGAAGAUCAUCAGCACCUGGAACGGCCCCGACCUCUCGAAAUACAAAGGCUUUUUCCUCGAAACCCCUCCUCGCUACAAAAACAUCACGCCCACCAUCGCAUCCAUUGAUUUCAACGGCUUCCGCCUCGGCGCUCCGACCCUCGCCGGCUUCAUCGACGGCUUCCCUGAUCUUGCUCUGUUCCACGCCAACUCCAACGGCUUCGGCGGUACUCUACCCAACCUCACCAAACUCCCUUACCUCUACGAGCUCGAUUUCAGCAAUAACAAAUUCUCCGGCGAAUUCCCAACCGCCGUCCUCCCCCUCUCCAACCUCAGCUUCCUCGACCUUCGCUUCAACCACUUCGCCGGCGUGGUUCCGCCUUCCAUCUUCCUCAUACAGCUCGGCUUCCUCUUCCUCAACAACAACCUCUUCUCGCAGCCGCUUCCGGCUGACCUUGGCCGCACCGGCGCGGCCUACCUCACAUUGGCUAACAAUGGCUUCACGGGGGGAAUUCCAGCCUCCAUCUGCGAAGCCAAUGCGACCCUAAUCGAAGUCCUUUUCCUCGGCAACCAACUCUCAGGCUGCCUGCCCGCGGAGAUCGGCCAGCUGCGAAAGGCGACGGUUUUCGACGCGGGGUUUAAUAAGAUCACGGGACCCAUACCGCCUACUUUGGGCUGCUUGAGAAAAGUGGAGCAGCUUAACUUCGCCGGAAAUUUGCUUUAUGGCGAAAUACCCGACGAGGUUUGCAAACUGGGAGUCGACGGCGGCGGACGGCUUUUGAACCUUUCGCUAUCAGAUAAUUACUUCACUUCCCUGGGGAAGAGUUGCUUGAAUUUACUGCAGCGGGGGAUCUUGAAUAUCAAGAAGAACUGCAUUCUGGGUUUCGCCGACCAGAGGCCGCCGGCAGAGUGCGCUCUGUUCUUGGCUCGCCGAAAUUACUGCCCUUGGCAUGACUACGUUCCCUGUUCUAACGAGUGGAAGAAUUCGGCGUUGGGCGGCGGAAAUCCGGCGAGCUCGAGUGGUUAUUCUUCUUACUCGACUUUGGGGAAGAAUUAAAAAAUGAUCACCGACAAGUAAUUGAAAUAAUUAAGGAAGAAAACCAAUGGAAAAGCCAAAUCUAGAUCCAUGGACAGAUACAUUGCUGAUUGGUUCUUCAUCUUUCGCGUGACUCUCUGUCGUAUUGUAUUGAUUCCCCCCACUGGACUAGACAUUGUUGCAACUGGCAGCUAUCGUUUGUUGUUAUUCAGUAAAUCUUUGAACAUAAUAAUAAGGAAGAUUUACAUAAA